CCCAUAUGUUCUGUUGUUCACUUAACGCGGGACCCUCUGGGUUCAAUUGACCGCGUUAAGUGGGGUACAACUGUAGUUUAAUGCACAAGAAGUAAAUUUAUUCGUAUGGUAUUGAGUUGAGGAAGGUUUACUCUAUAGCCUAUAUUAAUCUUUAAAGAUUUUUAUUCUUUAUUUCCUCUUUUUUGCUGAAAAGGAAAUAAUUAAGUCAGAUUAUCACACCAAAAUCUUGGAUCACCUUGUCCUUCUCUGUCUGUCCAUUUGUGUUUCUCUUAUAAUUAAACAUAGAAUAAUGUAGGUGAUGGCAAUCUUAAAGCUCCUGUACCUGUUGCCCCAUGGACCUGUCAGUGUUGUCUUCAUUAUUGCAGUUCAUUCUUCAGAUUCACUGGUGGCACAGAAAGAGAUCAUUACCCCAGCACCGAGACCUCAAGUACUUGCGGACCCUGUCAUCCCCCCACCCACUGCCUUCAAUACAACAACCGAGGGCGAAAGGAGCGGGGUGGGUGUAACAACGAUCAAUCAGGAGAAAGUGCAUCCAGGCUUCAACAUUAUAUCAGCAGCGAAUAUCAACCACUUCGGUAGCACGAACAGGACCCCUGUCAAAAAGGGGCCGAGAAAGCUUCAGUCAAAAGGAAAGGCAGCAUCCAUGGCUACAGCAGAAACCAUAUCACCUGCAGCAGCCAAAGCAGCAGCAAAUGUAGUGGCUGCAGCUGCCAUGUCAGCCAAGGGCCAAAGUCAGCAGCCAGCAGCAGUGUCUGGUAGUCUUCCCACCCAGCCUGGUGACAACACCCAAGUGCAUACCUCCAGGAGUAACUCCCAAGUGACUAUGGCAGUGAUGUCAUCGGACAGGAUGCCACAGAUGCAGAAUCUGCCACCACCUGUCCAAAUCUGGCCGCCGGUGUCGGUUUCCUCCGUUACACAGAUGAUCCCACUUGGUGUUGUGACGACGCCCUUGAUACAGCCUCAAAUACAGCCACAGGAGAAUCAAGCUGUGGGUGGUCCUCAGGGGCCUCCACCCCCGUACAUUGAGAUGAUGAGGUCCAGGGUUUCCCCAUGUCUCAUUCAGCCGAGUAAUACCAGUAUGAUGCAGCUGGUUCGUCCAACCGGUUCGGUGCACACUGUAACAACUCACAUGGGUCAGCAGCCUCCUCUUAUAUCAGUAAGCCAACAACAACAACAACAGCAGCAGCAGCAGCAGCAGCAGCAGCAGCAGCAGCAGCAGCAGCAGCAGCAACAACAACAACAACAACAACAACAACAACAACAACAACAACAACAACAACAACAACAACAGCAGCAGCAACAACACCAACAGCAGCAGCAGCAACAGCAGCCUGUGACUAUUAAAAUUCACUCAUUUCGGCCUUCCAUGGUGAAUCUCUCAGAUCAAGUUAAGGUGAAACAAACACAGAACCAAUCCACUAACUCAAAACAAGGAAACUCAGGUACCAAGACAGGACACCAAUCUCAUCUGCUGGUCAGUGCCAUCCCGGCCCCCAACUCGGGAAGUGCCAUCGCACGACAGGUUCAGCCGACACAGAGAGCCCUGCCCAAAACAAAUAGAUCUUUCAGUCCACAUUCGGCUUGCCUGCAAAGUGCACCUUCCACCUCCCCUGUUGCCCAACUAUCACAGCAGAAUAAUAAGACCCACACUUUGAUGGACAUACCCACCAAGGUGACCACCACGCCAGCCACCACCACCCAGUCAGCCCACAGUGCCCUGGAAACAAUCAAAAGAAAAGAAAUUGUAGCCAGCAAUACUAACAUGACUAUACUGGCUCUUCAUUCAUGUUUCCUGUGUGGCGCUAAUGGGGACUUCACAUGUUGCAACAGUUUAGUAUAUUGCAGCCAAGCGUGUCAGAUCAAAGACUGGCAGAGACACCAACACGAGUGUACGAACCUCAAGAAUUAAUGACGGGUGCGGCAGAGGUCGGGUGGUCACAGCAGCUCCUUGGGAAAGAUGGAUGCACUUAAGACAUCAUUAAACUUCUUAAUUGAAAA